GUCCUGAUUGGCUAGCAACUUAGAACUUUCCAAAAGAGGCAAAGACAGAGGAGAACAAAGGAAGGAGGAAGCAACUUGUGGAAUGCUGAGAAAGGUGAAAUAAUUCGAACGUCUCCCUGGUGUUCCUUCUCCCUAACCCAUCUAUUUCAAGGUUAAAGAGUCAUGGACUGGAACCAGGAAAGUUUCAACCAGGAGAAUCAAGUUAAAACUCUGAGAUUAAGAUCAUAAGUGGUUGAGUUACCGGGAGGUCAAAAUCAUAGCACAGCAACAACUCAUCAGUAUCCGGGAUUAACAAAGACAUAGACACAAAUCUUGACGAACACUUCAGCCCUGCCUCCAGAAUGAAAGGGGGAAACCUAGACCUGAAUGGGCUUGACCAUCUCACAGCUGCUCACGUGAUGACCACAUUCAUGGCAGACUCUUUUCUAAGCAACUCAAGUUUGCAGUGAUUCAGGCCUACUUCUGAAGAGACAGCCUUUUAUCUCAAUGAAUGACACAGAAAAACCAGCAGAUACUCCCUCUGAGGAAGAGGACUUUGGUGAUCCAAGGACAUAUGACCCAGAUUUCAAGGGGCCUGUUGCCAACAGGAGUUGUACAGAUGUUCUGUGCUGUAUGAUCUUCCUACUGUGUAUUAUUGGCUACAUUAUUUUAGGACUUGUGGCCUGGGUACAUGGGGACCCCAGAAGAGCAGCCUAUCCUACAGACAGCCAGGGCCACUUUUGUGGCCAGAAGGGCACUCCCAAUGAGAACAAGACCAUUUUGUUUUACUUUAACCUGUUACGCUGUACCAGUCCCUCCGUGUUGCUAAACCUACAGUGCCCUACCACACAGAUCUGUGUCUCCAAGUGCCCAGAAAAAUUUUUAACCUAUGUGGAAAUGCAACUUUUGUACACAAAAGACAAAAGCUACUGGGAAGACUACCGUCAGUUCUGUAAGACCACUGCUACGCCUGUGAAGUCUCUCACACAACUUUUACUGGAUGAUGAUUGUCCAACAGCGAUUUUUCCAAGCAAACCUUUUCUCCAGAGAUGUUUCCCUGACUUCUCUACCAAAAAUGGCACUUUAACAAUAGGAAGUAAGAUGGUGUUUCAAGAUGGAAAUGGAGGGACAAGAAGUGUUGUAGAACUCGGGAUUGCUGCAAAUGGUAUCAAUAAACUUCUUGAUGCAAAGUCACUUGGAUUGAAAGUGUUUGAAGACUAUGCAAGAACUUGGUAUUGGAUUCUCAUUGGCCUGACGAUCGCCAUGGUCCUUAGUUGGAUAUUUUUGAUACUUCUGAGGUUCAUAGCUGGAUGCCUCUUCUGGGUCUUCAUGAUUGGUGUGAUUGGAAUUAUAGGUUAUGGAAUAUGGCACUGUUACCAGCAGUACACCAAUCUUCAGGAACGCCCAAGUUCUGUAUUAACUAUCUAUGACAUCGGGAUUCAGACUAACAUAAGCAUGUACUUUGAACUGCAACAAACAUGGUUCGCAUUUAUGAUAAUACUCUGCAUCAUUGAAGUGAUUGUCAUCCUCAUGCUGAUCUUCCUCAGGAAUCGAAUCCGAGUCGCCAUUAUCCUGCUGAAGGAAGGAAGCAAAGCCAUUGGAUAUGUUCCUAGUACAUUAGUCUAUCCAGCUUUAACUUUCAUUUUGCUCUCAAUCUGCAUUUGCUACUGGGUCGUGACAGCAGUUUUCUUGGCGACAUCGGGGGUACCUGUAUACAAAGUCAUAGCUCCUGGGGGACAUUGUAUACAUGAAAAUCAAACCUGUGACCCAGAGAUUUUUAAUACAACUGAAAUUGCCAAAGCUUGCCCUGGGGCUCUGUGUAACUUUGCUUUCUAUGGUGGAAAGAGCUUGUACCAUCAGUACAUCCCUACCUUCCAUGUAUACAACUUAUUUGUCUUUCUCUGGCUUAUAAACUUCGUCAUUGCAUUGGGUCAGUGCGCCCUUGCUGGUGCAUUCGCUACUUAUUACUGGGCCAUGAAAAAACCUGAUGACAUCCCACGAUAUCCACUUUUUACUGCAUUUGGACGAGCCAUACGAUAUCACACAGGAUCCCUAGCAUUUGGAUCUUUAAUUAUUACAUUAAUUCAAAUGUUUAAAAUUGUACUAGAAUACUUGAACCACCGUCUUAAACGUACCCAGAACACAUUGUCUAAAUUCCUACAAUGCUGCCUGAGAUGCUGCUUCUGGUGUUUGGAAAAUGCAAUAAAGUUUUUAAACAGAAAUGCCUAUAUUAUGAUUGCAAUAUAUGGCAGAAACUUCUGCAGGUCAGCAAAAGAUGCUUUCAAUCUGCUGAUGAGAAAUGUUUUGAAAGUUGCAGUUACAGAUGAAGUUACAUACUUUGUAUUAUUCCUGGGGAAACUUCUAGUUGCUGGAAGUAUAGGUGUUCUGGCCUUCCUAUUCUUCACACAAAGACUGCCAGUGAUUGCACAAGGACCAGCAUCUUUAAAUUACUACUGGGUACCUUUGCUGACGGUCAUUUUUGGGUCUUACCUGAUUGCACAUGGGUUCUUCAGCGUCUAUGCAAUGUGUGUUGAAACAAUUUUCAUCUGCUUCUGUGAAGAUCUGGAAAGAAAUGAUGGAUCUACAGAAAAACCCUACUUCGUAACCCCUAACCUGCACGGAAUUCUGAUCAAGAAGCAACUAGUUCCCCAGAAGCAGAAAGAGUAGAAAAGCUCCAAACAGUGUCACUCACUUUUAAGUAGAAGUUGUGUAAAUUAGGUUGAUUGUAAUUUGGAAAUGUUGCUUUUGAGUAAUGUGAAAUUUCUGUGCUUAAUUGUAAGAAGUCAGCACCUGGUACCACCUGAGGUGUCAGGUAUUUGAUGACGUUAGCUGCUGUCUACUUUAUAGACGGUGGUCCCAGCUAAAGAUCAAAAUGUUAAUGUCAAACGUUUUUUAAAAUCUGUAGCCGAGAGUGUUUUAAUAACUUUUAUAACUCAGCGUGCUGUUUCCAUUGCAGCACUUUAAUAGCCUUUCUUUUUAUAAGUGUAUAUUUGUAAAGGAUAUUCAGGCAAUUUUUGAAAACACUAUAAAUGUGUAAUUAAUUAGCCAUAAAAUAUUGAUUUAUAGUUAACCAGCAUAUGGUACUAAAUUUGUAAAUAUGGUGCUAUGGUUAUAUUUAUACUGUUCAAGCUGGUGGACAACUCUCUAAACUGUGAUUAAACUUGUAUUAAUGGUUCCCUAGGAAGUAUAUUUCAGUGAGUCAUGUCCAUAACAAACAUAGAUGUUAAUGUUAUAUAGGUUCUACGGAGAGCAUUACUGGGUAAAAAAUACUGUGGAACCUUCAGAGCCCAUUCUGUUUUAGUGAAAUCAUGUUUAUAUUGAAGUCGAAUCUGAGUUCUGGAGUGUCAUUUCCAACAACAUGAACCUCUGUCCAUGGUGAAAAUAUUCUGAACAAAACUGAAAUUGUUACAUAACUCAUGCCUUUUGUCUUUAACCCAAAUGUCUUAUUCCCACUAUAUAGAAAAUCAAUAUGAAUUUGUUUCAGAAGAGUGAUUAUAUCUUUUCAUGAGUAUACCUGUAUUUCUAGAUUAAAGAGAUUGUGUGGCUUUGUUCUACAGAAGGUUUGAUUUUGUCUCACCUUUCAGUGAGGAAAGAGAAAAGAAAGACACUUCAGAUUUUACCCUAAGGAAAUAUACUGUUGGCCCUCCAUCAUCUAAUACCUUUAUGAGGGGCAUACUGUGGGUUAGGAACUCUCUCUCUGCAGGGCUUAGGAGGAAAGUUGUUGCCACCUGCCACCGCUGGCUGCCUGAGGUUUCUGAUAGUCAUGUGUAAGUUUUGAAUGGCAGAACAAAGCAUGAAUCAGACACACAUCUUGCCUAGCCAUCCCCUGUGUGCAAAUGUGUAUGAUGUGGUUAACCAUGUAAAAAUGCACCCCAAAAGGAGCAUUGAAUCAAUUUGUAUUUUCUUGGCUUUUACCUUAAACUUGUAUAUAAGGAUUAUUUAUGUAUUGACAGAAAGGAACAUGUUGAUCUGAAUAUCACUCAUAUAUCCAAGAAAAGAGUCAGAAAUGUAUUGUUGUGUUAUAGAUUGAUCUAAAUACGUAUUAAUUAUCUUCAAGUGUAGACACCUAGAUUUAAACUGACUCUGUGGCAGAUUAAUUAAUAGCAAUAAGCCAAUGAAUAGGGAAGAUUUUUAAUAUAUAAUGACUACCAGCUUGUUCUUGGCUUACAUUCUUGAGAUUAUUGUAUUCAAAAGUGUCAGUUGGCUCCACAUUUUGGCAAAGAGCCUUCUGCAUUCUUAUUCUCCUUGAAGCAUAAUGCAGAUAAUGACAACUUAUCUUUCUGGAUUAUUCUUUUAUUAUUCAACAAGACAAAGGCCACAACAAAGGACUAGUAGAAUAGUGGCCUCUACCUGAGAAUUUGUUAUAACUAUAGAUGUUUGUGCUCUGCCCAAGAGAUUCUGAUGAUAUACUGUGAUUUGAUGUGAGCCAUGAUGUGAAUUAUUAUAAAGUUCUCUAGUUGAUUCUGAUACACAUAAAAGUUGAAAAAUUGGCCAUGUGUGGUGUCUCACGCCUGUAAUCCCAGCACUUUGGGAGUCCAAGAUGGACAGAUCACUGGAGCCUAGGAGUUCCAGACCAGUCUAGGCAACAUGGUGAAACCCCAUCUUUAUAAAAAAUAUAAAAGUUAGCCAAGUGUGGUGGCGCACACCUGUAGUCUCAGCUACUUGGGAGGCUGAAAUGUGAGGGUCACUCGAGCCCAAGAGGUCGAGGCUGCAGUGAGCCAUGAUCACACCACUGCACUCCAGCCUGGGUGACAGAGCAAAACCCUGUUUAAAAAAAAAAAGUUGAAAAAAAUCACUUGAAUAAAAUAAAAA